UGUGAUUCAAUACAUAUUUAUACCGCAAUUAGCAUCAAGUAAAAUAGUCGGGAUAACGCUCUUAUGUAAAGAAGUCGUGACCAAACGCUUUGUACUCGUAGCCUCAACUAAUUAAAUAUAAAGUUUGAGUAAAUACUAAAUAUAAAAAUCAAUUAUACGGAAUAUAAAUCUCGUCACAUAAAAUCGUAAAUAAUAAAACUUUACUUGAAUACAUAUGUUAACGUAUGUAUAGAUGUGUGUGCGUGUGUUGUUUUUGUAUUUAAUUCAAAUAAAUUUGAAAAAAUUUCCCUUUACGUAAUUAUGUUACAAAAGGAAGGUAACUGUGUAAUGAGACGUAGGUCGUUGUUAUCUAAACAGCUGAAUCAGUGUAACGAUUGCAAGUGUAAAGAGAAAGAAAAGGUCUAAAAAGAAAAAGUUGAUUCGCUACAACACUGCUCUUGUGAAAACAAUCCGUAUGUCAUAUAUGUACUUGAAAGAUUCGAUUAGAAAAAAUGAGCAGUAUCGAUUUAUGGAUGCGUGACGUCCUCGCAAGUUACGGAGUAAUCGCAUCGAUCAUUUUAUGCGUCGUAAUCUGGAUAAUUCAGAAGUGGCCAACGUUGCGGAAGGACACCUACAGAGCUCAUCUUCUGGGAUUCGAGAUGGAAUGCGCCGAGCUGGCCAGUCCAUACAAGGAGCAUCUCUUUAAAGCGCUGCAAUAUAUCGUUUCCAACGACGAAAUGUUGCGAUCAAUGGGCUGUAUUCCCAAAAUAAAGAACAAGAUACUCGUAUACGAGGGCAGCAAUUAUCUGAGAUAUCGCUUGUUACUGUCUACGUUAUCUGGAAAGCCAGUCAAAAUUACAAAUAUCAGAACGAGAAAUGAUGAUCCUGGUCUGAAAGAGUAUGAGAUUAGUUUUAUCCAUCUAUUGGACAAGAUAACAAAUGGUACAAAAAUUGAGCUGAAUGAAACUGGUACCAAUAUAUAUUAUAAUCCUGGUUUACUAAAUGGUGGCGAAUUGGAGCACGACUGUAGCUUGCAAAGAGGUAUCGGUUAUUAUUUGGAAGCAGUUCUGAUACUUGCACCGUUUUGUAAAAAUAGUAUUGAUUUGAAGCUCAGAGGAGUGACCAAUAAUACCACAGAUCCAUCAGUGGACAGAAUUCUAAGUGCUGGUAUACCGAUAUUGAAGAGAUUUUUAGCAGGUGACAAUCAAGUUGUACUGACUAUUCGCAAGAGAGGAGUAGCACCUUUGGGAGGUGGAGAAGUGCAAUUUAAAUGCCCUGUCAGUCGGAAUCUUAAAACGAUUCAGUUGGAAGAUAGUGGAAUGGUAAAACGUAUUAGGGGUACUGCGUGUAGCAUUAGAGUUUCUCCAGCAAUCGCUAAUCGUAUUAUUGAAUCGGCAAAAGGGGUUCUUCUCCAAUUUUUACCAGAUGUAUACAUUUACGCAGAUCAUAGUAAAAGAUCUACUAGUGGAAAGUCGCCAGGUUUUGGAGUCACCCUGACAGCGGAAACUACGAAACAAAUAUUUUUUUCUGGGCAAGCAUUCUCUCCGUUAAUGACGACAGGCUCAUUACCGUGCGUGCCUGAAGAUCUUGGCAAAGAAGCAGCAAUGAGACUCCUGGAUGAAAUCUAUAGGAAUGGAUGUGUAGAUUCCUCUUUUCAAAGUAUGACUGCGGCAUUUAUGGCUCUUGGUAAAAAGGACAUUUCUAAAGUCACAGUAGGCCCGUUAACUCCAGCAAUGAUACAAUUCUUACGCGACAUGCGUGACUUCUUUGGAGUUACUUUCAACAUCGAACAGAUGAAAGAAGGAGAUGAAACAUUGUCGCAAAUACGUCUAACUUGUUUAGGUGUAGGUUAUAGUAAUAUAAGUAAACGAAUUCUAUAAUUGCUGUCGCAAAUAAAAUUGAGUUUAUUUCCAGUAUG